AACACUCUUUUCAAAUGCAAAUGUGUCUGGCAUUGUAUACAUCGUUCAAAAUGUGAUAUUUUCUCAAUUUGAAGCUCCUUAAUAGUAUGGUUUACAAGGUUCUUGUCUAAUGUAAUAACAAUAUGACCACCUGGUAUACUCCCGAAGAAUUUUCCGCAGGAACAAACUUGCCAGUUGUAUCGCCUCCAGAAGCGUCUACCAUCCAAAGGGGUAACAGAAAAUUAAAAAGGUUAUCUGUAGAUGAUGGAUGUAAAAACAAUCUUCGCAGAAGUAUCAACUUUGAUUCCACUUCUGUACCACCAAUAAUAAGCGGAGAUUUGAAUGCAGGAAGUGAAAAGACUGGUACAUUUAUGAGUCUUCGCAGGUUAUAUGAUGGGAAGUCUAGGUUUCCUAGAAUUGAGAACAUGCCUCAUUUUCACUAUGAUGAAAUCGAUCUAGGUACUCCCAUUCAGGUUUCCCUGCUUAAAAGCUCUAAUAGCUUCAGUGGCAAACCUUCAGUGGAAGGAUUUAUAGUGAGUGUAACUUGUAAGGAGAAGUCAUGGAAUAUAAGAAGAAAUGUAGAAAACUUUACUGGAUUGGACAGACAAAUCCACAGGUGUUUGUUUGACCGUAAAGUCAGUCAGCUGCCAUGUUUAGUGGACAUUCUUGAUGACCAGCAACGCACUGCAGAAGUAGAAGGCAUUUUGAAUGAAUACCUGUUGCGCCUAUCGGAAAUUACAGAUAACAUUAACUUCAAUUGUGGUCCUGUUCUAAACUGGUUUGAGCUUGAUAACCAUGGCAACCAUUUGUUAUUGACUGACGAAUCCGCUAUCAAUGUGCCAGCGGUUGCUGCUGCUCAUGUCAUCAAGAGAUACACAGCACAAGGGGCUGAUGAAAUAUCAUUAGAAGUGGGAGACAUCAUUUCCAUCAUAGAUAUGCCUCCAGUCGAUGAGAGUAUCUGGUGGAGAGGAAAACGAGGUUACGAGGUUGGGUUUUUUCCAAGUCAGUGUGUUGAAGUUAUCGGUGAAAUGGCCAACAAUCAUCCUAUUCCCCAUGGACCAGGAAAGACCACACACAUGAAACCAGUUGCCAAAAAGCGUGGUAAAUUGAUGAGCUUUUUAAGGCUGUUU